GAGACGACACAGCUACAAACGUACAUUAGAGUUGAGGUAAGAAGUAGAAGUUACUGUAUUUGACCACAAGUGUGUUAAGAUGUCAAAGGGAGUCUAUGAAAUCCCAGAUAGAUUUGAAGACGAUGAGACUGAUGCAAUGAAGAACACAGACAUCGAUGGCCAAUUAUAUUCCAAUGUAGGAGCCUUCAAACCCAGUCCAAGAGAUGCUGGAGUUGUUGCUUCAGAGCCUGAUAACUCAGGGAAGAGACCCUCUGGAGUUGCUGCAGUGUGUCUGGGGCUGCUGUGUGUUCUCCUACUGGCUGGGAUCAUAGGCCUGUCUGUCUACUAUAACAGAGUCAUCAAAGAUUCUGAGGAUAAAAGGAAGAACUUGUCACAGAGUUUAUCCCUAUAUAAGACUAACGCAACUGCAGAGAGAGACCAGCUACAGACCAGAUACAACAACCUGACUGAAGAGAAAGACCAGCUACAGACCAGAUACAACAACCUGACUAAAGAGAAAGGCCAUAUUCAGCUAAAGCUUUUUGUGAUGGAGCAGCAUUGUCAGGAGGGAUGGAGAUACUCUGACUCCAGUUUGUACUUCCUGUCUACUGAGAAGAAAACCUGGGAGGAGAGCAGACAGGAUUGUAAGAGGAGAGGAGCAGACCUGGUGAUCAUAAACAGCAGAGAGGAACAGACAUUUGUCUUCAACUUCCACCUGAGAGCCUGGAUUGGUCUGACUGACUCUGUUACUGAGGGGACCUGGAAGUGGGUGGACGGCACAACACUGACCACAGGGUACUGGAGCGCAGGACAGCCUGAUGAUAAUGGGCAAGAGGACUGUGUUGAGAUAUACUAUGGACAAGAUGACCCUGUAAAGACAUGGAAUGAUGAAAAUUGUCACAAAUAUCAUGACUGGAUAUGUGAGAAAGUGGUAUAACAAUAACCCACAGUAACAAACAUGCUCUCUGUGUGUGUCUCUCUCUCUCUCUCGCUCUCUCUGUCUCUCUGUGUAUCUCUCUCUCUCAAUUCAAUUCAAGGGCUUUAUUGGCAUGGGAAACAUGCUAACAUUGCCAAUGCAAGUGAAGUAGAUAAUAUACAGAAGUGAAAUAAACAAUAAAAAUGAACAGUAAACAUUACACUCACAGACGUUCCAAAAUAAUAAAGACAUGUCAAAUGGCAUAUUAUGUAUAUAUACAGUGUUGUAACAAUGUGCAAAUUAUUAAAGUACAAAAAGGAAAAUAAAUAAACAUAA